AAUGAGACCAGACUGACAGUACUGCCUUGAGUAAAAGGAUUUUCCUUUCACAUCAAAGAUGGUACUUCUUAGUAACAAAAACUGGAAAGGAGAAAAGCCAUAGAUUGCAUGACAAAUUUACGAAAGGUAGAAGACUCAAGUGGGAAGUUUUCUACUGCUUUCAUCUUCUUCAUAUAAUCUGGAUUUGACCUUGAUUGUGAUUUGUUCAACACAAAUUGAGAGACCAGAAGACUCAACUAUCAGCAUCGUUACAUUUUCCCUAAGUUAAUACAUUAUUAAUACUAAUGGCUUUUAAACAGUAGUUCCCUAGCAGUUUGUGAUGUGUGACUCAGUAACCCAGGGUGCAGUCACUUCCAAGCGAAGGCUUGUAAAGGAAUCAGAUGAUCCUGCCAGGCUAUGGCUGUAUCUGUGGCACAUCACUCAGCCUUCUCUAAGUUACUCUAUACUUAACUCUGCGUUUCCAUUUCACUACUUUUCUAUUGCCUGUUACCUGUCUUUUGCAGGUGGUUCUUAAGUUUUUAGCUCUCACAACUAAGAAAGUACCUCUCACAAAGGAAAAGUAACGAUGAGUGUGUGAUAAAGUGAAAUCCAGGCAGAUUUACAAGAGUGGGUGUUUGUAGUCACAACUACUAGGAAGGCUGAAGAAAGAAUUGCUUAAGUCCAGGGGUUAAGGGCCAGCUUGAACAACACAGCAAGAACCUAAAUCAUUUACGUAUGUGUAAUAUUUCAUAUAUGUGCACACUUCUUAGUGGAACACACUUAAGGAAUAAGUACUGCAAGAAUCUUCCUGUUAAAUUCAUCUGAAGGUUACAAAUGAGUUUGUAUUUUGGCAUUUAAGCAAAAAGGGUCCAGAAUUAAAGUUGCCCUAGUCCAAUUCUAAUGUUAGUCUGCCGUACUUACUCUGUGACUUUCAGAUCAUCCAUUUUUGUAGCCCAAUUACCUGUAAAAUGAGAACAUUAAGCACAGUACCUCAUGAAUGUCCUGAGCAUUAAUAGUAGGCUGGCACAAAAAUGUUACCUUAUUGUUACACACCAAAGAAAAACGUCUCAAUUUUAAAAAAUGAGCUCAAUAUUGUAAUUAUGAAUUUGUUUGUACCUGCUCCUAUGAUAUAAUCAGUUGGUCUGUGAUAAGAUUUCUCUCUCUCUCUCUCUCUCUCUCUCUCUCUCUCUCUCUCUCUCUCUCUCUCUUUUUACUCAGACCUUCACACUCUUCAAGGCAAAGGUGUGUAUGCUGGCACUUCCCAACCUUGCAUUGUAAAGCUUAAUUCACAAACCACGUCCACAAAAAUUAGUACAUGCUACACAGAAGGUUGAGUACAUAGUGAUAUGGGGCUAUAGAAUGCAACACAAUAUAUAUUUUUUAAUGUUUAUAACUUAUUUGGCUGACUGUGAUAACAGAAUGAGCCAGCCACAGGUGUUUUUCUUGGAAUGGAAAGUGGGAGCCAAGGUUUAGACGACGGCCACAAACACUUCCAUCCCCUGGGAAUCCAGUGCUGAUUCUGCUGGUGUUCUGACUUCUGAUGAAAAUACUCCUUCCCCACGAAAGUGGAAGGUUUCUCCGGUCACUACCUGUACGUCUGGUGACAUUUUCCCUAAAAUGGGACGACUACGUACGCUAUCCUUUUUCUCACGGUGGCAGCAAAAGGAAAGGCAGGACUCUUUCCUAAAAUGUAGCAUCGCGUGGGCGCAGUGCAAUCAGAACUGAAUUCGGACCCCUCUUCAUAAGCCGCUCUCAGUGUGACCUGUAGAAGUCUUGGUGCUCGCAAACCUGGCAAGAACGCCGGAGGGCAAGCUGGAAGGCUCAAGAGGUCCUUCAGCAUUUCUUCCCCAAGCGGCUCUCCAGCCUUAGGAAACACCAAGGCCGGACAACCGUGUCGCUGCCUGGUGGCGUCACUUCCGGGUGCCGGUGCUCCGAGCAUACGCCCGCAGUUUCCCAAGGUGGAUGGUAUUGCACAGGUCUUGCCUUGGAGGCUUUUUUAAAAAGUAGAGCUAGUCGGAGCUCCUCUCCAGUUCCCCGCCGACAGAGACUCCGUAGCUCCUGAGCCAGCUGUUUCCAGCUGUGCUGCCCAAAUUGAGGAAAGCUAAUUCGUCUGGUGUGGUGUGGGAGCUCACGACUCGAAUCUGCGAAUAGUUCACUCCAUCCUGGUCCCCUGAAGGAAUCAUUUGUAGAGCAGAAAGUAUGCUAAUAUUAAGUAAGACAGCAGGAGUUUUUUCCAAACCACCAAAGAGUAACAUUUAUGGACUUUUAAGAAGUUUUAGUGUUUGCCCUGGAAGACUUUUUUGUCAUAAACUGGUACUGGGAAUUGAAACCAGCUGUGAUGAUACAGCAGCUGCUGUAGUGGAUGAAGCUGGACAUGUGUUGGGAGAAGCGAUGUAUUCCCAGACCGAGGUUCACUUAAAAACAGGUGGGAUCGUUCCUCCAGUAGCUCAACAGCUUCACAGAGAAAAUAUUCACCGAAUAGUAGAAGAAACUCUUUCUGCCAGUAGAAUCUCUCCACAAGACCUCUCAGCGAUUGCAACUACCGUCAAACCAGGACUGGCCCUAAGCUUGGGCGUAGGCUUAUCAUUUAGCUUACAGCUAGUAAAUCGGUUUAAAAAGCCCUUCAUUCCGAUUCAUCAUAUGGAGGCUCAUGCACUUACUAUUAGGCUAACCAAUAAAGUAGGAUUUCCUUUUUUAGUUCUUUUGAUUUCUGGAGGUCACUGUCUGUUGGCAUUAGUCCGAGGUGUGUCAGAUUUUCUGCUUCUCGGGAAGUCUUUGGACAUAGCGCCAGGUGACAUGCUUGACAAGGUGGCAAGAAGACUUUCUUUAAUCAAACAUCCAGAAUAUUCUACGAUGAGUGGUGGGAAGGCUAUAGAACAUUUGGCCAAACAAGGAAAUAGAUUCCAUUUUACUAUCAAUCCUCCCAUGCAGAAUGCUAAAAAUUGCGAUUUUUCUUUUACGGGACUUCAGCAUGUUAUCGAUAAGCUAAUAACAUGCAAGGAGAAAGAAGAAGGCAUUGAGAAGGGGCAAAUCCUGUCUUCAGCUGCAGACAUCGCUGCUGCGGUGCAGUAUACUACAGCACGCCACCUUGCGAUGAGAACACAUCGUGCUAUUCUGUUUUGCAAGCAAAAGGAUCUGUUAUCUCCAGCUAACGCAGUAUUAGUUGUAUCUGGAGGUGUUGCAAGUAACUUGUAUAUUCGAAGAGCGUUGGAAAUUGUAGCAGAUGCAACACAAUGCACUUUGUUGUGUCCUCCGCCAAGACUGUGCACUGAUAAUGGCAUUAUGAUUGCAUGGAAUGGCAUUGAAAGAUUACGUGCUGGCUUGGGCAUUUUACAUGAUGUAGAAGACAUCCGAUAUGAACCAAAAUGUCCUCUUGGAGUAGACAUAUCCAAAGAAGUUGCAGAAGCUGCCAUAAAAGUGCCACGAUUAAAAAUGACAAUUUGAUUGGUGAUUAUCAAAGGUCUCUACAGAGGACCCCAGCAUCCACAUGGCAGCUCCCA